AUGGCGGAACGCUCGCCCACGUAUUCGUUCGACGACCCGACGCUGUUCCUGUUCACGUCGCUGACGGCGGGGUCGUCGCACAUCAUCACGGCGACGUCGCGGCUCGAGACGAUCCUGAAGGUGAACAAGAUCGGGUUCCGAGCCAUUGACGUCGCCACGGACGACAAGGCGCGCAUGCUGUGGAGCACGCGGUCCAAGGGCAGGAAGCUGCCGGGCCUCGUGAGAUACGGCCACAUCGUCGCCGAUAUCGAACAAGUCGAAGAAUGGAAUGAAUACGGCGAACUCAAAGACCAAUUAAACACCAAACCCUCGACCGUCGCGGACCCGUCCCCUCCCCCUGCCGCCAAACCACCUACUACUACUACUGCUACCACCACCCUCGCACCGCCCUCGACCACCUCCUCCUCCCCCCACAUCCAGAUCGUCAGCACGCCCUCACGCACUCCCUCCGCGCAGUCCAAGCCCGAAGACCGGCUCACGCUCACGCUGCGCCAGGCCAGCGAGGAAGCCGCCGCCAAAGCGAAGGAGACGGCGCGCUCCAAGUCCGGCACUGCGAGCCCGCUGUCGCUGCAGAAGCCCGCGACGCCGCCGGUAGCGGAGGAGGCGUCGAAGGAGAAGGGGAAGGAGAAGGAGGUGGUGGCAGCGCCGGAAUCGACGGCGGCGACGACGACGACGAAGGCUGAUGAGAAGAAGGCGGAGGAGUCGGCGGAACCUGCUGUUGCUGUCAGUGCGGCGAAGGGGGAGAGCGGCAAGCCAAACGGCGGAGGCAAGCACGCAGAAGGCGAAACAGCAGAGGAGGCCGUGGAUGGUAAAUAA